UUAAGAGAGCAACAUUAGACAGUAGUCUGUAAAAAGUAGUUUGCUACUAGAAGUUCUGUUUCCUUUUAGAUGUAUCUCACUGAUUUAAUAUCACAUGAUGUGUUUUUCCAAAUAUUUCUCCUGCAGUUUGUCUCUGUUUUGUAAAAUAAUUGCUUUGUAAAUUCUUAUGUAUUGUUUGUAUGCCUGGUGAGAAAAUGUAGAUUAUGAUGUUGAAAUAGGGUUAGUUUUUACCGUGACUAAAUUAAAUGAUGGCCUGUGACCAAGGGCGUCAGUUUGUUUUCAGAAUUGCUGGGGACAAUAACCAUACACUUGAGUGGGGUUUAAAAAUUGCUGGGGACAAUAAAGUAGACUAGCACAGGGGUCGGCAAUCCGCGGAUCUGGAGCCGCAAGCGGCUCCUCCAUCCAUUUGAUGCGGCUCUCUGUACUUUUAAAAUAAUGAAUGGAUAUUUAAAUAAAAUGCUUUAUAUUUUACUGCAUUAAUUUUACAUCUGUAUGCCAAUUCUAAAUGUAAAGAUUGUCUGCGUAAACCUGAACAGGUCCAACCCGGUCUGACUGUGAGACCGGGUUGACGCGUCACGCUUGUGCGUAAUCAUAUGCGCUUCCUGAGCUGGAGGAUGUCAGAUUCUGGGCUUCUCCUCAGACAGGCUCCUGGAUGUGUCGCCACAUUGGAGACAGGAACAAGCACUAUUCAGCCAAAGUUUCAUAAUCAGGGAACAUUUUCUAAGUGACAAGUCUCUGAGUGACCGGGUUUGGAAAACACUCGCUUCAGUGGGAGGAACUUUCCCGCAUGCGCUCUGGUUCUGAGAGCCUGGAUUUGUAUUCUGAACAGUCUAAACAUGUUUUAAAAAGAAUCGCGUGACAAAAGUGGCACCUGCUCAGUAAAACCACCAACAGGGUGAAAAAUAUCUAAAUAUUGUAGGCAGAGACGGGCUACAACUUCUGGAUCCACUUUAUAUAAAUCGUUUUAUUCAUUAUCGUCUUACGAAAGAUAACUUUGACGUACACGAGCGACCAGGCGCGUUGCAAACUUUUCAAAAGUGUGGGGGAUGUUGUCUGUGCCUAAAAUAAGUUCAUGCUAUUCAUCUUGUUAGUUUAAUUUCCAUAAUAGCGGAGCAGGUGCGAAUUUUAGAUGCGUCACGCACGUCUCCGCUUUAAACAUGUUUAAACUGUUCAGAAUACAAAUCCAGGCUCUGUCUCGUUAGAUUGGUGUAACUAAAGUUUGUACUGAAUGAAACUUUACAUUAAACCAUGUUGAAAAGAAAAGGAUCCCAUUAAAUCGUUUCCCCCUCAUUUACAGUCAUGACAUACAGCGCAGUGCACAUGGCUCUGGGGUUAAUCAAGUUUAGUUGUUUCUCUUUGCAACAAUUUUCACAGGAAGGCAAAACAGUUAAAUGACAGGUUACAGAUAUUUCCAUUUGACUUUUAUUUUGACGGAUAAACUCAAGGAUGUUCGUUGAUUUCCUCCCACUGAAGAGGAAACCCGGUCUCUCUGAGGGAUGUGUCACUUGGAAAAUGUUAUUUUUAUGAAAUUAUGAAAGUUUGGCUGAACAGCGCUUGUUCCUGUCUCCAAUAUGGAGACGCAUGACGCAUCCAGUCGCCUCUUCAGCUCAGAAAGCUCCUGUAGAGACAUUUGAUCACGCACAAAGUUCAUGUGGAGCAGAAGCGGUCGGGCCACGGCAGGUGAAACGUUCCUAGCCUACAUGAAGUGAAACUGUUUAAUUGUAACAUUAAUAUGUUACUGGACACGUAGGUCUGGUUGGUUAGACCAGUGUUUGAAGUGGAACACACACACACACACACCAAUUAAAACAAUGCUGAUAGCAUGGACUAGAAGACGGGUGAUGGUUUACGUAUUUAAAUGAUGAUUAGGCUGCUGUAAAAUGUAAUCUCCAUCCACAUCCAGACACAAUUAUCCUCUAUUCUUUCUCUAUUUGCUCUGCUCUUGUCUGGGCUAGCGUAGCUGAUGGUGCGCGCGGCACGCCUAACGGCUGAUGCACAUUUUACGCAUUUGGAGAGAUGGGCUGGAUGCUUUGCGUUUACUGAAAGUUGGUCCACUUAACGCACGGGUGUAGACUAAAUAUUAAUGACAAAUGAAUGAAAAUUAAAUUGGGAGUUUUUACUUCAUAUUUUAUAAAUAAAAAGGAUGGGGGAACACAUUUAUGACGUCUUUUUAAACUAAAUUUCCUAGCGCGACCUGCCUGCUUCACUAAGUCACUGCUUAUUAAGGUCCAGAAUUACCGUGGCCCACCCAAAAAUGAAAACCUGGCACCGCGCCAGUUAUAAACCUCUGCAAAUUGUUGUUCUUCACUUUAUCAAACUCAGACUUUGUACAGCUAAUGUCAAGAUGUAAAAUUAUUCAGUCGAGCUCUUCCGUCCCUCCCUCUCCUGCUCUCCUGGAAACCCGACAUCGGCUGUCAGAAGCGGAGGUGAAGAAGGAGAUGAGGCAAACAGAGUGAGUGUGACAUAAAGAAACCAGACUGGUGUGGAGGUGAGCAAAACAGCUGGAAAAGUGUGGGUGUUGAAUCCCCCACGGGUGCGACGCCCAUGGUACCGGCUGCUGUCACCUGGUUGUGAGCAGCUCUCUGCUGUCUGAGGGUAGGCCCUGCCCACAACGAUGCGACUGCUGCGGUGUUUUCUUUACUGUGGGAAAUGGGUAAUAAUGGCUCUUUGAUGGGAACAGGUUGCCGACCCCUGGUAUAAGAUCUGAGCUGGUAAAACAAAAAUCCUCAUCAGCAGGCUUUUUUGAAAGUGGGGGGGACACAGCUGCCAAUUACAAAUUUUGCCGGGGACAUGUCCCCGGUGUCCCCGGUUAAACUGACGCCUAUGCCUGUGACUAUGUAACAUGUAAAAUACUUACCUUUGUUCUGGACUGUUGAAAGAUUGGCCAUAAAAUGCUAGAAUGCACCCAAAGUAACCAGCAUAAAUAGUAAGUUUAUUUUGUUAUGAAAUUUACAGUGUACUUUUUAAAUUAAAAUUGGAAAACAAGACUAUAGUAUAUUUGACCCCCCAUUUUUGACAGCUGUAAUGAUUGCUGAGUAUACAAUUAUCAGACCUUGUAAAGGCUAUGUGUAUGCAUUACCACAAGAGGUACUGCUCCACUUGUGACAGUAAAUCUUUUGGGCUAUUGCUUGGUACUCAGAUGCCAAUUCUGAGUACCACUCUGCCAUAAAAUGACUCAUAAAAAAGGUUAAUGGUAUGAUGUUCAUUGUUUUUAUAUGUGUUGAGACCAUUGUAGUAUUUUUUAAUCAUCUCCAUUCCUUGCUUUAUACACAGGAUGAUGGCAGCAUCUCAGAAAUUCCUGCUGAGAGUUUACAGCACUACAGAUGUUGUUGUGAAGGUUUCUCUAACUAAGCGGCCUGAGUCAGUGGAAGAACUAAUCACCAUACUCCGGGAGAAGCUCAACCCAAGGCUGGACUUUGAGUUUACCUUACAAUACGAAGACCCUGACUUUGAUGGGCAACUUACCUGUCUACAUGAUAUUCAAGAGCUACUAGAGAAGAGCACAUUAAAAAUAGUGCGAUCCGAAAGUGAUGCCAGUUCUUGUGCAAGUUCUGACACAGACAUCCUUCCUCAUGUGCCUUUAGCUCAGCGUCUGAAGUGUUGGCCUGACACUUUCCCAGUACCUACCUUUUCUUACGAAGUCGAACAUGUCCUUGAGAAGGGAAAUAAAGCCUACGAGAUGUCUGGAAAGCAACUGAAAUUGACACGAGCCCAAAAGCACAACAUCUUGGAGACCAUGGCUUCAGUGAUGCACACCUUCAAAGCCUAUCCGAGUGACAGAGAUGUGUGUUUGGCAGCAAAAGCUCUUGUUACCACUCAUCCAUGUCUUAAUGAGCCUGGAAGUUAUGGUUGGAAGACCAGUUUAAAAUUUAAGAUGGGAAAUUACCGCACCAAGCUAGCCAGAGCCGGAUGCGCGGAGGUGUCCGUGAAUGCUGGUAGAAGGAGUAUCAACAACCCAGAAGGAGAGUAUCCCCACUCCAACAUAAAAAGAGCACGAAAAGCUGAGGUAAACUACCUCCCAAACUUUCCAAGAGGAGAAGAUAAGGCCAGUCUGGAGGAAUUGAGAGUCCAGAUAAAAAAUGAGGUUGAGAAGACCGAGCCCAACAAAGUAAUGAUUGAAAAACUGAUGCAAACAACCUUUGCACUGCGUCGCCAUGAGAUCGUUCAAGAAAACCCAAUGGUGAAGGACUUCUUAGAGAAAUGGCCAGCUCUGCGUUUUCACUCACAGGAAGCACCUGAUGUCGAUGUGAAACGGACUGCAGUGCUACGUGCCCUUCCAGUAUACCUGCGGGAGGAAGACCCAGAAUUCUUUAAGACAUGUGAUGCGGGCACGCUAGAUGAGACGAACCUGACUGACACUCCAGUUGCCCUUCUCACAGUGGUUGCUGACGGCUCUGCUGAGACCAGUCCAUUCCAUUUCAGUCCUUCAAGCAUGGCUGUUGUGGUGGAAGGCGACUUGGUGAUCCGUGAUAUUGCCAGAUUUGCUGAUGCAUAUGCCUUAUUGUUUGGCUUGAUCUAUGCUCUGCAUUUGGACCACCCCAGGAAACUAGUUCACACAUUCACCUUUGUCCAGAAAGUCUUCAUGGGGCUUGAUGAUGGCAAACCACUGAAACCCAGCCUUCAUGCUCUUAGAAAUGAUUUGUUACAGAGUGAGUAGUUAUGAAAGAUAUGCAAGGCAACUGGUUGUUAGGACAGGCACACUGUUACUGAGCACCUUCUUUGAAGUAUUUUAUUUAAAGCACUUUUAAGUUUUCUACAGGCUUUGGGUGGAUGUAAUUCCCAUCAGUUUACCUCAUUUUUUUUAUACAAGGUUAUUUGGGUGCCGAUAAACAUUAUUUGAACCUGUUAAAAAAUAUUUAUUUUAUUUAAUUUUUGUUUAUUUAAAAAAAUCUCUUUUGUGUUUGACCUUUUGUUUUUCAUUUUUAUAUAUUAGAAGAAAGAUGACUUUUAGGACUGAUGUUCUUUUAUGAUUUUAUAAAAAUUUUAUUAAAUGUUAUUAGCAGCAUUUUGUACGCUCACUUGUGCUCCAGUCCAUGUCAGUGGUUCCAUGUUGAUGGUUUUAUAAAAAAAACAUUUAUGUGAUGUUUUUCACAAGUCCAUAAAAAUGUUAAUAAACAAAAUGUUAAGUGAA